AUGUCAGACAAAACUUUCAAAAUCGCUGUUCUUCCCGGAGAUGGUAUUGGUCCAGAAGUGGUUGAUCAAGCUCUCAAAGUACUCUCCACCAUCUCUGAAUAUUCCAACCUCUCACUCGACUUGAAGAAAUACGAUUUCGGUGGUGCCGCUAUCGAUAACCAUGGUGUACCUUUGCCUGAUGUAACCUUGAAUGCUUGUAAAGAGGCUGAUGCGGUAUUGAUGGGCUCUGUUGGUGGACCCAAGUGGGGUGUGGGACCUGUCCGACCCGAACAGGGAAUCUUGAAACUUCGAAAAGAACUUGGUCUCUAUGCCAACAUUCGACCAGCUUCUUUCGCUUCUGAGAACUUGCUCAAGAGGAGUCCGUUAAAGGAGGAGGUUGCUAGGGGUACGGAUAUCAUUGUGUUGAGGGAGUUGAUCGGUGGUAUCUACUUCGGUGACAGACAAGAAACCGAUUCUAACGGUGUAGCAUGGGACCAAUGUAUCUAUUCUAUACCUGAGGUCGAGCGAAUAACUCGAGUUGCUGCUCAAAUCGCUUUAGCUGCCGAUCCACCUUUACCCAUCACUUCCAUCGACAAAGCAAACGUAUUGGCAACUUCUAGAUUAUGGAGAAAGACUGUCUCGGAAUUGAUGGCCAAGGAAUACCCUCAAUUGAAGUUGGAGCAUCAAUUGGUAGAUUCAGCUGCGAUGAUCAUGAUUGCCAAUCCUAGGAAAUUGAAUGGUGUUUUGUUGACUGAGAAUAUGUUUGGUGAUAUCCUCUCAGACGAAUCAUCCGUCAUUCCAGGAUCUCUCGGUCUCCUCCCUUCUGCUUCUCUCGCUGGUGCUCCUGAUGCCAAGUCCACCACCAUGGGUUUAUACGAGCCCAUCCACGGAUCCGCACCUGAUAUCGCCGGACAGGGAAUCGCCAACCCUAUCGGAACCAUCUUAUCAGCAGCUAUGAUGCUUCGAUACUCCCUCGGUAAAGGAAAGGAAGCAGCUCUUAUCGAGAAGGCCGUCCAGAAAGUGCUGGAUUCCAAGGAUGUCGGCGGAUACGAUUUCAGAACUAAGGAUCUCGGUGGGGAUGCUAAGACUGAGGAAGUGGGUGAUAAAGUCGUGGAGGCCUUGAAAGGGCUUUUGGGUCAAUAA